CAAUAAGACCGCACGAAUGUAUUUCGGAAAUAUUUAUGAAUAAUUGUUAUAUAUACAAAACACCACAUCCGGCAAAUGUGGCCGCCAAGCUAGUGAUAAGUUUGUUGAUCACUGCCAAUAAUUUUCGUUUUCUGUUCUGUGAUUUUCAAGGAAAUAUUUAGAUUUCUUUGUUGGUUGCUAUUUUCGAUAAUUGAUUGUCCAAAAUUCAGUGCCUUUUGGACGUUCGUCCGUCGAGAGUUAUGGUGGUUUUUGCGAAGAAUGGUGCAAACUAAACCGGCGAUUCGGGAUCGACGUCGAUCCUUGAUGGCGGCGCCGUCCCUUCCGAAACGCUGCGCGUCGGCGGCGGUCGCGGUGGCGUCGUGCUGCAGCGGCAGUGGGUGACGUUGACGGCGAGCAUGUGGCCGGAACCCACCGACGCCGCCCCCGGCUGGAAAGCGUCGUCCGCCGCCUCUGGCCGUUUGCCCGUGUUGGCGGCAGUGUUCUGCGGGGCCGCACUGAUCGUCGCAAUCCUCGGGGCCUGCCUCCUCUACUGGUGCUGCGUCAUGCCUCGAAAAGACAACAAGCACUACUGUAUUCGAAAGGUAGAUCCCGCGUUAUCCUCGUCCACCCAAAUACCGCCCCCGGGUGUGCCCGCCCCCGCUUACCAAGUGAGUCAGGCGGCCGUGUUCGCCGAACAGAAGCGGUGCGGGUGGGGCUACAGCAACAGGGUGAUCGGGGGCGGCGGUCCGCUGCAACCCAACCCUUGGUAUACCGGGAGGGUUAUCGGUGGACCCCAGUGUACCCAGUGUCCUGGCGUUUGUCCCGUACCGAGAAGUAGCAGCAAUCCUGGACAGCAGGGUCAUUCGAGCAACAACUCGUCAAUGCGAAAACCACGCCCCGUCAGUCAACCGAUACCAUCUAGCGUGAAUAUAAACGGCGACGUGGUGCCCAAGCAGGCGCUACCGGAGAUUUCCGAAUUUUCGCCCAGCAGUCCCCAAUACGCAUCGAGUAGCAUUUUAGACGAAGCGGGCGGCCAGGAUGACGUCAGAGCGGACGAACCUGCAUUGAAGACCAGGAGUCUGCCCGCGUGGGUCAGGUCGAAACCUAGACCUCUCUCGACGGAAGACGACCUGAACGAUUUGUACGCUAAGGUCAAUUUCAGCAAGAAACGAAAAAACCGAAUGAGAAACGACGAAGCAGCAAUAAUAGCGUUAAGCAAGUCACGUAGUCAAUUCCUGCACAAAGACACCGAUUCGCUGGUCGACAACGAAGCAGUCAUCGUUUACGACGAGCGCACGGCGUUAUAAACUAACCAAAUUUUUUAUCUAGGGUCGUCGCGCGUACACACGUGAUAAUUUUUAGAAUAAUUGUUCGUAAAGAACGAGGUUAUAUUGACUCGUCAUUGCAUUUUUAAAGUUUACCGACCAAAUUUACGCCACGAAAUUUGAGGCGAAAAGUUUCAUAUCUCCCCCCACCCUCCCCCGCCACGAGUGCAUAUCCCUAAAUUUAAGACUUAUCACGACUUCGACAAAUAAUGUUAGGGCUAUUUUUUCUGUGAUACAUUUUUUAUGCGUUAAGCGGGUACCAAAUAAAUGUAGAAUUGAUAAAAGGGCCCCUUGUAGCGGCGCGUUUUUCUCCCGUAGCGAAAUUUACCUUAUGAUUCGGACGGCGGACAAUUGAAAAAGUAAUAAUCGCCCUCGUAUAUCCUAAGACUGGACACUAUUAUUUUCGUAGUUGUAGACGAGGAGAGAGUCUGUUAAUAUGCAAUUAGAGAGAAAUAUUAAGUUGAAAUUUUAUCGACUCUUUUAUAAAAUAUUAAAACAACAAAAAAAUCAUAUUAUUCAUUAUGCUGAUGUAUAACUCAGUUAACCUAAACUCGAUACUCCUCUUCUUCUUUUUUUCGUUCAAUGUGGCGUGAUCGAAAAUUCCAGAAUAAGAAAAGUAAAAAGUGUGUUAUUUUCGAACACCUCAUAUAAAUCAAUUUUUACUACGGCUUUAUAACCUAUAAAAUUGAAUGUCACCUGGAAAUAAUGUUCGAUGCCUCGAUAUUGGCCGGAAUGUUUUGACCCAAUCCCUAGACAUCUAUUUUAUAGGUUCUUUUGUUGCUAUGCUACGUAAUUUUAUAGGUUAUAAUAUUCCCACACAACGCAGUUGCACUAGGCGGUGUUUUUUCUCUGCAAUUGAAAGCUUCGAUAUUAGAUCUGAAACUACGCUUGUAUUUGGGUGGUAUUUUCGCGUUCUAUCGACUUGCGUCAGAAGAUGCUCUAGCUGAACCACGACAUCAUCAACAGUUUACUUUACGCCGUCUGAAUGGUUAAGCUCUGAGCAUAAGUUAUAAAAAGUAAGAUGCCAGGUCGCGAAAAUACGACUUUAAUGUUGUGUAUCACUGUGUAAAACUCGUUCUUGGUUUAUAGUUUUUGAUUUUGGACUCCACUUUUAGAAAAUAAACAGGAAUACAAUAAA